CAGCUUUCUCACAUACUGAGAUCCUAAGAUGAAAAGACAUAUCUGAGUGGGAUAUUGUGGGAGCAGUGGAAAGAAAAGAAGUUCAUUAUCUAAAUGUCCUACUGCAGCAAGGUCCAGUAAUGGAUUCCUCACAUUUUUCCCUGCUGUCUUCCUUGAGAGGAGAACUCAAAACUGAGGACUACAUCCAGCCUCACUAUAAGGAGGCUUACCGCCUGGCAAUUGAUCGUCUAUUGAGCGGCGGCAGAGACAGUUACCAGGAGUUUCUUAAGGAUGAGCGUGUUGGGAGUUUUCUCUCAGAGGAAGAGCUUGUAUUCAUCACCACAAACGCACAACAACCCCCACCUGAAAGUCACACAGAAGAAAUCAAUGGCCCUUCAGACAGUCAAUCAAACAAAUCAUCAUCAGGGACAUACUGGCCGAUGCUCUCUGAUGUGGAAACACCAGAUUUGGAUUUAGGAUGGCCAGAGGUCAUGCAUGAAAGGGUUCAGACGAAUGUAGAUCUGCUCUUUCACCCGCCGAGACAAAACAACCCUACAAUCAAGGAGGUGAUUCGGAAGCAUAUUCAGGAUGCCAGACAGGUCAUUGCCAUUGUGAUGGAUAUAUUCACCGAUGUAGAUCUUUUCAAAGAAAUUGUUGAUGCAUCCAAACGAGGAGUUCCAGUAUAUGUGCUACUGAGUAAUUUCCAUUUGAAAAGUUUCCUCACAAUGGCUGAAAAGCAGGACAUAAACAUUCAACAACUCAGGAAUAUGAGGGUGCGUGCUGUAAAAGGUCAGGAGUACCUCUGUCGAUCAGGAGCUAAAUUUCAUGGGGCAAUGGACCAGAAGUUUGUUUUAGUUGACUGCUACACAGCCAUCUAUGGCUCAUACAGCUUCACAUGGUCUUAUGAGAAGAUUAAUCUGAGUAUGGUGCAGAUCAUCACAGGCCAUCUGGUGCAGGCCUACGACGAGGAGUUUCGGACACUUUAUGCUCGGUCAAUUGUGCCAGUUGAGCUGUGCCCUCCAGAGGGCUUGUUCCAACACAAUGGGUCUCAAGGACAACAGAUUUUGCCAAAAUGUGUCACAAAUUCUGGCCCAAAACUGGAAAGGAAUCAUUUGAGGCACACACUGGACAUGGUCUAUCGAAAGACUUGUGAGAGGAGACUAAGCACAAAAGAAUUUAAUGAGGAACUCUGUGAAGAAGAAACACUUGGGCCUUUGGAGAAUGGAAUUGGUGUCCACACACAGAUGCAUGACUUACAAUCUGCAGAGAUGAAUUACUUGAAAAGGCACAGCUAUGCCGGGGAGAGACAGGAUGGAUGUAUUCCACAAAAUGUCCGGUCUAGAGCCAGCAACUGGAAUAUCUCUGGAGAUACAGGGCCAAACAACUACCCCACGGACAAUUAUUUACACACAUCACCAAUAUACAGAAGUCAACAAAUACGUCAGUCGUACAAUGGUAACGAUAAGCACAUCCUUGCAAUGCAGCAGAACAUGCCAACUCUGGAUAAUACAUCCAAGUCAUUUUUGCGCUCAUGGAGGAUUGAGUCAUAUCUAAACAAUGCUGACAUCCCAUCUGGAGAGUCCAGUGACUAUCUAGAUCAGUUCGACCCGCUGGAUAAAGCAAGUUCGUUCAUGCAGGGAAGAAUGAGGUCCUCCCUUGUUUUGAGGACACCCAUACCAGAGCAAAUAGAGCCAAAUUGUUACAUAAAUAACUCCUCUGUUACUGCUAGCCACUUAACAUCAAACUCUCCUUUGCAUUACUCAUCAAUGCAGUGGAAUCCAACAGCAACACCUGAAAACAGAAUAAAUAACCAAGAAUUUAGAUUUAAGAGACAAAGUCUGCAAAUUUUAGAUAACAAUGAACACUAUGGCCCAGAGAGAAAUUCUUACCCCUCUGGUUAUGCUAGCUUAGGCAGACCUAAAAAUAGACAAAUAAUUACAAACCCUGACCUCAUCACAGAUAGCUGGCAGAAAAGGCACAGUGUAGCAGAUCCGAGGUCUAAUUCAGAAUACAUCCUUGAAUCCCCCGGUCACAUGUAUUCGCCUUUUGCAAGAAUACAAGCAAACAGAAAUGCAGCAGGCAUUAACGCACAGAAUGGAUCCCAUGUGUCAAAUCUGAAUGAAGACCAAAGAUCUGUCUCUCAUUAUGAUGUCAAGAGCAUCACAGGCACAAAGAGCCCUAGUACUCCUGUUUGGCAGGAGCCACCAUCCAGAACACUGUCAGUGGCAGCCCUCGGUGUGAAUGGUCCUGAUCUACCAAAUAAACCCAGCAGUACUCAACAUUUUUCAAAGAAGGCAUCCAGCAAAAUAAAAUCUUUAUUGAACAUACCAGAGAAAAAAGAGGGUUCAUUGACAGUCUUGGAAACAGGAAGUCUCAAGUCUGGUGGCAGUGCAGACACCUUAACAGCUGAGGAUGAAAGAAAGAUUUCCGAUCGAAGAGAACAGAUUCGCCAAAGCAUAAAAAGCUCAGUCAGGACUUCCUCGGGACUCCAGGGCAGACGUAUAACUGAGGACCAUCUGACUUCAAAACCUCGAUUCAGAACUGAGGAGCACCCACAUCAACCCCAGGUCUUUGCUGUCAACACCCCUCAAAAGAAGCAUGUCAGUGCUGAUAGGAACUUGAAGCCCAGCCUUGAUGUAGGAAGCUGGAGGAACGACCGCUGUGCUGAAAACCGUGUGUACAGCAGAUAUGAACCUUUCUCUACAUUUGAAAACAAACACUCACUACACACUUCACCCACUUUUAGAAACACGCAGCCUCAGGAGAAAACAAAAAGUCUCACAAGAGGUGCAGCUGCUGUUGAACACACCGCCACCAGACCUGCACGUGGACACCAUGAAAAUAAACUUGAAAAAUUCUUUCAAAGAGUGGGGAAUCUCAUAAACAAGCAUAAGUGAAUGUGACAUUGGGUACGGUUAUGUGAUGUUUUUUAAAUCUGAUUUAUUUUUCCAGAAGAAAUUAAUUCGGAACUAAAGUAUUUUCUCUUCAGUUUACAUGGAAAUGUUAAACCCAAAUAAAGGUUUACAUGAGGUAUUAAUG